GGUCAGAGACUACAAACAUGUUACAGGAGACUGUCAGAGACUGCAGACAUCAUACAGGAGAAGGUCAGAGACUGCAGACAUGAAACAGGAAAUGUUCAUAGACUGCAGACAUACUACAGGAGAUGGUCAGAGACUGCAGACAUGAUACAGGAGAUAGUCAGACUGCAGACAUGAUACAGAAGGUCAGAGACUGUGGAUAUGAUAAAGGAGAUUUCAGAGAUUGCUGACAUGAUACAGGAGAAGGUCAGAGACUGCAAACAUGAUACAGGAGAUG